AUGGGAGCUGGGGCAAAGCCACAAUUUACAGCAAUGUACGUGUUUGGUGAUUCACUUAGCGAUCCCGGAAACAAUCUAUAUUUCCACGUAACAGCAACAAAAUCCAACUAUUUUCCUUAUGGUAUCGAUUUCUCUGAUGGACCUACUGGAAGAUUCUGUAAUGGGAAGAUCAUAGUAGACUUUCUUGCUGAAUUGGUGGGAUUGCCUCUGCUUCCGCCCUACAAAAAUCCUAAUACUACUGGGAAAAACAUUCACAAACCCCAUUUAAUACGAAGUCGUGCAGCAGGAAUUCUUGAUGAGAGUGGAAUUAAUUUUGGUCACCGGAUCCCUUUAAGUGAACAAAUUCAGAACUUCAACAACACCGUGAAUCAACUGAGAAAUCAAAUGGAAGAGGAAAUGAGCCAAUAUCUGGCAAAUGCUUUAGUAUUAAUGGCCAUUGGUGCAAAUGACUACAGUAACAAUUAUCUGAUGCCUCAAAUAUACAGAAGCAGCCAACUUUACAGUCCAGAGGAUUUUGCUGAUCUUCUCAUAAAUCAAUAUGCGAGUUAUAUACAGGAACUCCACAACUUGGGUUUAAAGAAGUUCUUUUUAGUGGAUAUUCCACCAAUUGGAUGCACGCCUCUUGAACUGAUCACUGGCCAUGCUCUACCAGGACAGUGCAUAUCAAGUACUAAUAACGUUGUGAAAAUGUUUAACUUACGACUUAAGUCUCUUGUUGCUCGCCUAAAUUCAGAUUUCCAAGAUUCUCAGUUCGUUUAUGGCCCUGCUUACAGAUGGUUUUUUGAGUUGCAUGACAGUUCCUCUGCUUAUGGGUUUCUGGUAACGGACAAAGGAUGUUGUCGCAUUGGACCAAAAAAUUUUGAACUACUAUGUCUUCCAUCACAAAUUCCAUGUACCAAUAGAAACCAAUACCUGUUUUGGGAUUAUGCUCAUCCAACACAAGCUGCGAAUCAAAUUAUCGCCCAAUGGGCAUAUAACGGCAGUUUUUUCAGCUCUUAUCCGAGGAACGUACAACAAAUGGCAAAGAUUUAA